UUGGUUGGAGGGUACUACCAACAUGUGGCCGGCAGGGCUCCUCCUCCCCGGUCUCACGUUACACUCCAUAAACUUGCCACUCUUUCCCACCUAUAUGUUUAAAAAGGAGGAGGGCUCGCUUGUCAAGAAUGCCUUAGAAGAGUUGUGAAAACAGCCAGCCCGAGAAGGGGAGUCUAGCAGUUGCGGAUGCAGCUCUCCCGCCGAGCCACAAGCCAGUCAGAGCCUUGAAGGAGAGGGUGUGUGAGAGCAAGACAGAGGAAAAGUGUGUGAGAGUGUGUCAGGACCAGAGGCUCCGAAGGACGUCACGCACACACGCACGUACGCACACACACUCACACGCACGCACACACACUACGAGAAGAGAGGGGGGGGAACGCACUGUCACAGGAAGGCGUCUAUCCUCGCGCGUUCUGGGCUGUGGGAGAGUCAACAGCUCUGACAGAGGCGAGUGUUCAUGCAGUGAGAUGAUGAUGCGCAGCUGAAGUGGAUAUUUUUUUUUUUUAAAAAGAUUUCAAGUCUCCGUCUCGAAUAUCUGAAGGAGGUUUCCGACUUCUCCUCCGCCCGGGAAGAGUGAAAAAGACUUCAAAUCAAGUGUUUUUGCAUCACCAUGGAUCAGCCAGCCAGCAGCUGCAUGCGGAGCGCCCAUCCCAGCAGCCCCAUCUGGGGUUGCAUGAGGAACCCUCACUCGGGCGUCCCGGGGGCCAAUCUGCAGUCGCCCUACCAGCAGGCCCCUUUCUCCCUCCACCAGAAGCCCGAGUUCCUGGCCUACACGGACUUCUCCAGCUCCUGCCUGGUGCCGAGCGCGCCGCACGCAGCCUACCCCCGCGACGACAGACUGUACCAGGAGAACCAGGGGGGCUACCAGAGGGCCGAGUGGCAGUUCAGCCCCUGCGAGACCCGGUUGAGGGCGCCCGAGGCCUGCCCGCCCGUCGCCCCCGCGGUGGUGGUGGGCGGCGGCGGGAGUGGAGGGCCUGAGCUGGACAGUGUAGUGGGGGACAGGCUGCCGGGAGCCGUGCCCGGGUGCAUGGAGGGAGAGUACUCGCCCCAGAGCGUGGCGUCCGCUGACUCGGACAAGAAGAGCUCCAGUAAGAGGAAGAGAGAUGUCACAGAUAUCCAGGAGUCCAGUUUUAAGGUGGAUUCCAGCUGCAAGGCCCGGAAAGAGCGCACAGCGUUCACGAAGGAGCAGCUGAGGGAGCUGGAGGCCGAGUUCACCCACCACAACUACCUGACCAGGCUGCGCCGCUACGAGAUCGCCGUCAACCUGGACCUCACAGAGAGACAGGUUAAAGUCUGGUUUCAGAACAGGCGGAUGAAGUGGAAGAGAGUGAAGGGAGGACAGUCGGCUUCGCCCAACGACCAGGAAAACGAUGACAUAGACUCGGCGGCCUCGCCCAGCUCCGAAUGAACGAAGCGACGGUCGUGGACGCGCCGAGGCCUGGCCUGGGGUCGACUGGACACCGAUGCAGACUUGUUUUCGUGGAGAGUCGGCGGGCAGGAUCGAAAAUCAUUCUAGAGACUCACUGAGCUUCCUCCACGUCUUUAUCUGUUGUAAAUAGAUCUAUGUCCAUAAUGAACUGCAUUUUGAUACACUAUUGACAAAUACUCUGGGUUUAAAUAUUAUAUAGCUGUAACUUGUGGUCAAGGUCCUUGCAGCCGCCUUAAGGCGAGUGAUGACAUAUCAGGCUGUGAUGUGAUUGUGUUUGAGUGCAUCCCAUUUGGUUCCAGUAAUGUAAUCAUGGCCUUUGACGCUUGACUACAACCACCUGGGAAAAAGCAGACUGCACAAGUGUAGCCAAGCCGUGAGUGCCUCCGAAUCUUUUUUUUUUUGAAUUUGUCUUUUUCCUAGAACAUAGUAUUUUUUUUUUUUUUUUUGUCCUGUCAGGCGUUUUCUACUUCUCUUUUUUAUACGAUUUGAAUGUUAUUGAUAAAACACAGAUGUUGACUGUUUCUGCAAAUAGAAUAAAUCAUUUUCUGCAAAAUGGG